CCUAGCAGCGGGAUAAAUGAACUCAUACUCGCUAUUGCAUAAUUGCAUUUGGCUGCAGCGUUGCAGAAGUUCAUCUCCUUUGUCUUACUCUUGCAAAUUUCAUUUCCUUCAACGUUUUUUGACACUGGCUUUGCGGGGAGGGCUUACUAUAGCCAUAUUCCGAGGAAUUAUACCAGUCUGAAAUUGAGGAUUCCCGUCCAAGUGGCGACUAUUUAUGUAUUUGUUUCGUGUGUUUUAUUUUUUUCGCGAUAAUCCUAAAGUCGCGACGGUAUCGGAGCUCCGGUGAGAUGGGUCGUGGUAUCUCUGGGCUUGCCUGAAUUGGUCGGGUUUUGACCGGACGGGACGGACCUCGCGCAGCCUGGACACGGAGCGCGUCUGAACGGAUAACGACCGUCACCUCCAAACUUUCCCCCCCCCUCCUUUUUUUUUUGUUGUUGUCGCGGACUAAAACAAAAAAGAGUCGAGAGAUACAACAACAAGGACACGCAGAUAUUCAAAUAACUCGAGGGACAAUUACAGGCGACGAGAUUUUUUUUCCUUGCAAAAUCGGCGGCUCUUUGCUCAAGGAAAUUGAGAGACGGUGGGCCUAUUUCGGCGUACAAAUGGUGUUUCCGUGGGACGCCAAAUACGACCCAGCCCCUGGCCGUCGUUUUACCCCACCCUCCACCACCCUUUCUUCAGGGGGCAAGAUGGCAGAGGCCCUGCCCCUGGGUGCCCAGGAGGCUGGAAGUGGAGCCACCCUGGUGGGCAAGCUGCGCAUGGCUGAUCGUGGCAUGGUGGAGGUGAUCUCAGAUCAUCCAGGGGAGUUGGUGAGGACAGAUAGUCCCAACUUCCUCUGUUCGGUACUCCCCACCCACUGGAGGUGUAACAAGACCCUGCCCAUCGCUUUUAAGGUGGCUGCCCUUGGCGACAUCCCCGAUGGCACCCUGGUGACGGUGAUGGCGGGGAACGACGAGAACUACUCGGCCGAGCUGCGCAACGCCACCGCCGCCAUUAAGAGCCAGGUGGCCCGGUUCAACGACCUACGCUUCGUCGGCCGCAGCGGAAGAGGGAAGAGUUUCACUUUGACCAUCACGGUGUUCACCAACCCCCCUCAGGUGGCUACGUACCAGAGAGCUAUCAAAAUCACGGUGGACGGCCCCCGAGAGCCACGACGUCACCGCCAAAAGCUAGAGGAGCUAAAGCCCGGCUCCAUGGCCUUCUCUGAGAGACUGACAGAGCUGGAGCAAUUGAGGCGGGGCUCCAUGAGGAUGACGCCCCCUCAUCACCAUCACCACGGCCCCUCCUCCAACACCCGCCCAUCCGCAGCGCUGAACUCCGCCCCUUUCUCCAGCCCAACACACGCGCAGAUAUCAGACUCCAGGCAGAUGCAGUCAUCUCCAUCUUGGUCCUACGACCAGUCAUAUCCCUACCUUGGCCAGAUAACCACGCCUGCGGUCCAUUCCUCCACACCGCUUUCACCCGGUCGAUCUUCGCUCAGCGACCUCUCCUCGCGACUCACAGGUCCCGACAUCACAGCUUUCAGCGACCCCAGGAUGGCUUUGGAGCGACCUUUUACGUCCCUGCCCUCUCUCCCCGACUCCCGCUUCUCCGACCCCCGUGUCCACUACCCACCGACGGCAGCCGCCUUCACCUACGCUCCCUCCCAUAACCCCGUCUCCAACGGCGCCCUUGGGAUCACCAUGGCAACGGCCAUGGCAACCACCCCGGCUGGGCGAUACCACACCUACCUCCCUCCGCCCUACCCUGCCAACACCCCCCACCAGGCUCAGAGCGGGCCCUUUCAGUCGACCUCCUCUCCCUAUCAUCUGUAUUACUCCACCACAGCCGGGUCAUACCAGUUCUCCAUGAUGACGGGGGGAGGCUGCAGUGACUCCCGCUCCCCGCCGAGAAUUCUGCCACCGUGCACCAAUGCGUCGACAGGGUCCUCCCUUCUACACCCCUCUUUGCCCAAUCAGAAUGAAGGGGUGGGUGUAGAAGCGGAGUCCAGCCACAGUAGUUCCCCGACGAGUAUGGUCGCUGCCGAAGCUGUCUGGCGGCCAUAUUGAAAUAGUCAAAGUGGGGUGUUGGAGAGAGACAUUUGAAGUGUAAGUAAAUCUGGCUACUGACAAACUAUAUUGGGUGAUGGAAUAACAAUCAGAAUGAUGGAUAAGCCCAUUGGCCAAUGGACCAAGCUGAGCUGAUUGACAGCAGCGUGAGCCAAUCAGAAGUUAAGAUGAAGUAACAGACAUUAGUCUGACCAAUAGAAAGGGACACAUGGCUCUAAAGAAAAGUUUCCAUUAAAUGAAGGGCUUUUAAAGUAGAAAAAGGGUGCCAUUUUGGUUUUACGCUGACAGAGUGAAUGCAGCAGCACUGGACUGGAUUCAAUUCAGUUUCCUUUGUAAACUAAUAGGACUUCUUCAUAAUCGCUGUUGUGAAUAUAUGAUUUACUUAUGCCAAAUAAUGUGAUGGCCUGUUUGUGUUUGCCUUCACGCCGCCCUCUCCUCUGCCCCUCGGCUCUUCUCUAUCCAUCUGUCCAUUCACCGGUCCACCCCUCCCUGCACGUCGCGGACCUGGGGCUGGCGUUCAAACGAAAAAGAGCCCGUUAUUUCUUGAAGCAAAUUGAAGAUUUGAUCACAGUUGUGAUUUUUGUGGCAACACUCAACAUUCGUUUCACUCAGUUCUGUCACAGAUGUCGGUGGUGGUUCCUCGUAACCCACAACGCUGACGCACACCACCCCUCCCAACAUUUCAGAGAUACAAUCCCAUAUCCUGUUUUAGGCUUGUGCAUAAUGUGACAGCCUUCAUCAGAUGGCAAAGUCACUCUUGCUGUCGAUUUUUCACAAAUGUGAAGAAUCUUUUAACUCGAUGAAUUACAUCAGAUACUCCUUACCUUCCUCCCCCUCACGCCUCCUUGUGCUCUGUAUCUCCCUCGCCCCCCCCCCCACACACACACACAUACACACACACAGACACACACCUCCACAACAGCGUAUGACAAUUGGAGCAUGUUCUUCUCCAUAUUUUCUUAAUUUAUUUUUUUGAAUUAGUAUUUCAUGUUGGUGUUCCUCUGUGUGCCAGUGUGUUUCACCUGGGUGCGUACACACUGAAGUGUGUUUGUGUGUGUCGCAUUUUCCAGUGACUUAUGACAUCACUCUAUGUAUGACCAUAGCCUUGGCUGUAAAUGAUGUCCGCUUUGAUGAUGUCAUCACCGACCUUACCUCUCUCUCACACGCACACACCACACACACACACACACCACAGACACACGCGCGCGCACACACGCACGGACACACGGUUGUUUGGAUAUUGUUGAUGGUGCAGCAUUUGGUUGCUUGCAUUUUGGUUUUGAUUUAUAUAAAUAUUCUU